UAGUACUUUUUAACUUUGUUUUUUUCGAGCCGUUGACAUACUCGAGAGUAGAGAAGGCUCUCAGUCUGCAGAAGGAACUGCUUCCGAGCUCUCGAAGAUCUCCUCUCAUGGCUUCUUCCCCGAUGUUUCUGCAAAAACCCAUCUCGGAAAACCUGGUUUUUGCAAAUCUCGACGGAUCUUCGAUUGUAUCGAACCGUGUCGGGCGGAAUAUAGGAUUUUCUGGCGUGUCGUAUCGGGUUUCGCGGUUCCCGGCCGAUGGAAGAUUGUCGAGGAGAACGAAAGCUGUUGGGAUUUCUGAUCAAACAGGAAAUUUGACAGAUGUAAAACACAUCAAUAUAUCUGAUAUUCCUCUUCUGACUUCUUUGGAGGUUUUGGAAAGGCUAAAAUCUACCCAAGAAAAGAGAAAGGGUAAGCAGCAUUUCCUGGCCAUGUAUUCGAGCAUCUUUGGAGGAAUUACAACUGAUCCUGCAGCCAUGGUGAUUCCCAUGGAUGAUCACAUGGUCCACAGAGGGCAUGGUGUUUUCGAUACUGCAGCUAUAAUGGAUGGAUAUCUUUAUGAGUUAGACCAACAUAUCAACCGCUUCUUAAGGUCUGCGUCCAUGGCAAAAAUCAGCCACCCUUUUGAUCAGUCAAGCAUAAGAAGCAUCCUUAUACAAACAGUAACUGCAUCAAAAUGCCAGCAAGGAUCGUUACGGUAUUGGCUCUCUGCGGGGCCUGGCGAUUUCCAGCUGUCUCCAUUAGGCUGUCAUACACCUGCUCUAUAUGCUGUUGUGAUCCAAGACCUAUCUCCACCAGAUCGGAAAGGCAUUAAAGUAAUAACUUCAAGCAUCCCAAUAAAGUCGCGGCAGUUUGCAAUCAUGAAGAGCGUAAAUUACCUCCCUAAUGUGCUGUCGAAGAUGGAAGCUGAAGAAAACGGAGGAUUUGCGGCAAUUUGGUUAGAUGAUGAAGGGUAUGUUGCUGAGGGGCCCAACAUGAACGUUGCGUUUGUGACAGCGGAAAAGGAGCUGGUGAUGCCAAAUUUUGAUAAAAUUCUAAGUGGAUGCACCGCGAAAAGAGUGUUGGAUCUUGCAGAAAGGCUAGUGAAGGAGGGGGAACUUAAUGGAAUUAGAGUAGGAAAUGUGACUGUGGAGGAAGGGAAGAUGGCUGAUGAGAUGAUGCUUAUUGGGAGUGGGAUUCUUGUGCGCUCUGUCUUGCAAUGGGAUGACCAAGUCAUUGGCAAUGGCAAAGAAGGAUCCGUGGCUAAGGCUCUUCUGAAUCUCAUCCUUGAGGACAUGAAAUCGGGUCCCACCACAGUUCGGGCACCGGUUCCGUAUUAAGCCCUCUUGCUUUAUUUCUUCCUUUAUCUCUUUCAAGCAAUGAAAAGCCAGCGACUAGAAAAUGACACCUCAUGGCUUCUAAAACAGCUCCAUACCGAUGAGUCACGGUGCUCGACCUUGAGCUGUCUCAUUCUCAAAAGACCUUUUUUAACUUUGUUAUGAAAAUAAGCCAUUGACAUUGAAAUGCUUAUGGUAUUGCCUUCCAUUACUUCAAUUGCAUUACCAUGUAUUUGAAAACAAUCUCAUGUUAGCUGA